AUGGGAUUUUGUUUGAAUCAGAAUUAUUAAAAUGCAACUCAAUAUUGUUAUGAAUGUUUAUAAACAAAUCAUUCAAAACAUUUCAUGAUUGUAUUAGAUUCACUAAAAUAAUCUAAUUUUUCAAUGAAUUCAUGCAAGUGUACAAUCAAUAAAGGAAAUAACUUCAAGAAGUCUCGAAAUAACUUUAAAAAUAUUUUGAAUAGAUUUUAAAGAAAAUGGAUCAGGAUGUUAAAAUAUUGGAAGAAAUAAUUGAAUAACUAAAAUAAAAAGACUAUUUGA